AUGUUUAAUCAACAAGGAAAUUCAAAUCAAGACAAAAACGAACAUUUAAUUUCAAUGUCUUCAUCUAAACAAAAUCAACAACAAAAUUUAAACAAUAAAAGUUAUGGAAAUGAAAAUUUUUUUGUUCACUCCCACCACCACCAACAACAUCAACAACAUAAUUUUUAUCCAACUCCAACUAGUUUAUCUUCAUCUCUUGGACAUAAACGACAAUUGACUGAAGAACAUUUAAAUCAAGAAGAAAAAGAGAAUUGUGGAAUUCCUUCCAAUAAACGCCCUUAUUUAAAUACUCAAAAGAAUUUAUUUGAAAAUAUCCAGUCCUCUGGAUCUGCUGAAGAAGAUGCGGAAGACGAGGAAGAUGAAGUUGAGGAUGAGAGUGAAAGUAGUGGGGGACUUCGAUCGGCUAAAACGAGUAGUAGCUCACCAGAAUGUCCUCCACCAAUAAAACAAGAACAAUAUCAAAACACUUCCGCUUUACUACAAAGUUUAAAUUCUUCAGGUAGAGGGUCAAAUUAUAAUCAACAGCAACAAUUCCCUAUUUACUCUACACCUCAACAGCAUUAUGGAUAUCAUAAUUUAAUUUCUUCGACUGCUUCGACCUUUCCAAAUUUUGGAAAUAUGCAUUCUGCCCCACUUGCACAUUCAACACCUUAUAAUCUUGAGCAAGCUACGUUGCGAAAUUUGCAACAUGCUGCGAUUUGGGGUCAAGCUGCUGCAGCAGCUGUUGGGAAUUCAGUUUUCCCGUCAAUUCGUCCACCAAACCGCCACCAAUAUAACCUCUCAGGAGCUCAAAGUUCCUCUUCUGGCGGCGUUGGUUCUUCUGAAAAUAUUCAAAUGACCCCUUAUGGUGUAUAUGGAUAUCCUUUAAAUUAUCCCCAGCAAAUGCUCCAAAGUGGAUUAUUUGCGUCUGGUGGGCAGGUGCAACAAAUAAUUUCCUCUCAAUUAAGCAAUUCUUCGACAUUUAGCAAUGCUAGAGAUAGCGGUGUUGCAGGAAUUGAAAGAAUAAUUAAAGAUAUACAAAAGAAUGAAAGUAGCAGUGGAGGUUCUUCUGAAGAAAGUGCUUUAAGUGGGAAAACAAGCCAAAGUUUGGAUUUGGCUUUUAACGAGCCAAAAUUCCCGCCUUAUAUGCGAUGGAUUACUUAUAAUGGAGAGAGACAAUUACUUGACCUUGAAAUGAUUUUUUAUGAAAAAUCUGUAAAUAAUUAA